AUAGCACAGUUCAGUACAGUGCAAACCAAGCCAAAGACACUUCCAGACAGCAGCAUACAGUCCUCCUCAUCAACAUGCACUUCACAACAACACUCCUCACCACCGCCGCGCUCCUCCUCCCCUCCGUCGCCGCCGCCGGCAACGCCGUCGUGACCAACAACUGCAACGUCCCCAUCUACCUCUGGUCCGUCGGCGGCUCCGUCGGCCCCAAGCAGACCAUCCAGCCGGGCGCCAGCUACUCCGAGGCCCUGCACUACGACUCUGCCUCCGGCGGCGUCUCGCUGAAAAUCACCAAGACCCCCAACGGCCUGUACGACGGCAGCCCCCAGCUGAACUACGCCUACACCCUCGACGGCUCCAAGACCUGGUACGACAUGUCCAGCGUCUUCGGUGACCCCUUCGCUGGCUCCGUCGUCGCCAUCAAGCCCAGCGAUACCUCCUGUCCUAAGAUCUGUUGGUCUAAUGGUGUUAACCCCGGGGGAAGUCAGGUUAAGACUUGUCAGACCGGGAGUAAUGAGGUUUUGACUGUUUGUGCCCCUGGGUGUUGAGUCUUUCCCCCUCGGGGGUUGUUGAUAGAGAGGGGUUUUGAGAGGGGUAGUAGGGCGUGUGACCACAUGGAUUUGAUGUUUGAUGAUGAGGGAAGGAAGGGACUAUGGUGAU